UAUAUGAAGUGGUGCCAUGAAUGCUAACAACUCACAUUUAUUAGCCCUUCUCAACUUCCAUCUCCCUUGUUCAAUUAAAACCUACUGCCAUUAAUUAAUUAAAACCCUUCUUUAAUUUCCUUUAUAAACUAAAAAUAUACAUGUAAGAAACAAACACUCCGAUCAGUACUAAAAUGGAUCUCAGUCUAGUUUUUUUUGCUUUAGCUUUUGCAUUUCUAACCGGCGGUGCAUUUGCACAAGACACUCUUGUUCCGGCCAUUAUGACUUUUGGUGACUCGGCGGUGGAUGUCGGAAAUAAUGACUAUCUGGCAACUAUUUACAAGGCUAAUUACCCUCCUUAUGGUAGGGAUUUUGUUAAUCAUAAGCCUACUGGGAGGUUCUGUAAUGGUAAAUUAGCCACUGAUAUUACUGCUGAGACACUUGGAUUCAAGACUUAUGCACCGGCGUAUCUUAGCCCUGAGGCGUCGGGAAAAAAUCUUCUGAUCGGAGCUAAUUUUGCAUCGGCUGCAUCAGGUUAUGAUGAGAAAGCUGCCAUGUUAAAUCAUGCAAUUACAUUGCCGCAACAAUUACAAUAUUUUAGGGAAUAUCAGAGUAAGCUGGCCAAUGUUGCUGGCAGUAGCAAAUCGGCAUCGAUAAUCAAGGGUGCACUCUACUUAGUGAGUGCUGGCAGUAGUGAUUUCCUGCAGAAUUACUAUGUGAAUCCCUGGAUUAACAAACUUUACACUCCUGACCAGUAUGGCUCAUACCUCGUCAAUUCAUUCACAACCUUUAUUAAGAAUUUGUAUGGAUUGGGAGCAAGGCGGAUCGGAGUAACUUCACUGCCGCCGUUGGGGUGUCUUCCGGCGGCUCGGACGUUGUUCGGAUACCAUGAAAGUGGAUGUGUUUCGAACAUAAAUACAGAUGCCCAACAAUUCAACAAGAAGAUCAAUGCAGCUGCUUCUAAUCUCCAAAAACAACUUCCUGAUCUCAAAAUUGUUAUCUUUGACAUCUUCAAGCCACUCUAUGACCUUGUUACAUCCCCAUCAUCCAAUGGGUUUGUGGAAGCAAGAAGGGGAUGUUGUGGAACAGGAACAGUAGAGACAACAGUUUUAUUGUGCAAUCCAAAAUCUCCAGGGACUUGUUCAAAUGCUACUCAAUAUGUGUUUUGGGACAGUGUUCAUCCUUCUCAGGCUGCCAAUCAAAUUCUUGCUGAUGCUUUGAUUCUUCAAGGCUAUGCCCUCCUUUAAUUUAUCAUACAUUAAUUAUUUGUGUAAAAAUAUUAUAUUUUCCACUCUGUUAUCUACCUUUCAAUUUCUGUUUUAAUCAUUGUUGAAUGGGUUUGUCUUCAUUUUUAUGUAGCUAAACACAAUUAUUCACUAUUAAUAUUUGAUUAUGAGAAGUUUAUGGAAAAAUUAUUACGCGGGUCAA